ACCGAGGGGCAGGGCUGCCCCCCGAGCCGUCCCGUCCCAUGGCGGAACCGCGCAGCACACGCCUGGGUGUCCGGGCACACAGGCAGGCGAGGAGCUGCGGGACUUCAGCAGUAACACCAUCUUGAACUGCUUAUACUAGGCAAGUAAUUUAAUGACUGUUUGGGCCAGUACACUGCUAACAACGUUAACCAGAUCUUUUGAUGGACCACGUGCAACAGUAACCCAACAUUAGCCUUUUGGAGGUCUUGCUUGCUGUAGCAGCUGCAGUGAAUCAGAAUGCCUCUCAAUGAUGACCCGAACAGCGAUUCAGAUUCCUCGCGCCUCUCUGAAAGCACAGCUUCUUCCAGUGACUCUGAGUGUUCAAGGCAGAGCUUUAACAGCGAUUCUUCAAGCAAACCCAGUUCCCCAGCGUCAGCAAGCCCUCCCAAGAUGAUUACGUUUGAUGAACUGAUGGCAGCUGCAAGAAACUUGUCAAACUUGACUCUAGUUCAUGAAAUUGCUGUAAAUGCAAACUUUUGCAUAAAAAAUGAAGACUUCCCAGAGAACAGCUUUGCAGGCAGAGUGAAACGAAUUGCACACAAGGCAUUUUGGGAUCUUUUGGAAUCAGAACUGAAUGAAGAUCCUCCAGAAUAUGAACAUGCUAUCAAGCUCUUUGAGGAAAUCAAGGAGAUUCUUCUUUCUUUCCUGACUCCUGGAGCAAACAGGAUUCAAAAUCAAAUCUGUGAAGUUCUAGAUACAGAUCUUAUAAGGCAGCAGGCAGAACAUAAUGCUGUUGAUAUUCACGGGCUAGCUAACUAUAUCAUCAACACUAUGGGGAAGUUAUGUGCUCCAAUAAGAGACAACGAUAUAAAACAGUUAAAAGCAACUGACAAUAUCGUAGAACUACUGAGGCAAAUAUUCCGUGUUUUGGACCUGAUGAAAAUGGAUAUGGCUAAUUACACAAUUCAAAGCCUUAGGCCGUACCUUCAGCAUAAUUUGGUGGACUAUGAAAGAGCAAAAUUCCAGGAAAUUCUUGAAGAAAAACCAAGUGCCCUGGAUCUCACAACAGAAUGGAUAAAGGAAUCAAUAGAAGAUGAACUGUCAUCUAUUUCUGAUGAAUCUUCUUCAUCUCCUGGUGCUGAUAGUAGUUCUAAACCAAUUAUUAGUCCUACACUGGUGCUAAAUAAUGGCUACUUGAGACUGUUACAAUGGGAUUAUUGCAAAACGUUUCCAGAGACUCUAAUAACAGAUGAAGUUCGUCUUCAGGAGUUGAGAGAAAAGCUCAAUCAAUUAAAAAUCAUAGCUUGUGUCUGUCUCAUAACAAACAAUAUGGUGGGUGCAGCAAUUGUUGAUAUGCCUGAUUUUGCUGAUCAGCUGAAAAGGAUUUCUCUUCCUCUUCUUGAAGGCAUGAACAAGAAAACUUUUGAUUUGAAGGAAGCUCUGAAUGCUAUUGGUGUCCAGAUUUGCAGCAAAGUGAACAGGUCCCUAACUGAAAGAGGUCUUCCCACUCUUGAUGCAGAAAUGCAGAGUAAUUUAAUAGGCCAAAUUGCUCAUAUUGUUGAGGAGAAUAAUCCCGUCAGUUCUUUGAUUGACAAAAGAAUCCAGUUCUUCAUGAGAAGCUUGCUUGCUCUUCCAAAUUCUCAGAAGUGUAUGCCUACUAUGCCAGGAGGCCUUUCUGUUAUUCAGACGGAGAUGGAGCUAGUAGGAUCUCAGUAUGCAAGCAUUGUAAACUUUAAUAAACGAGUGUAUGGACCAUUCUAUGCAAACAUACUUAGAAAACUACUUUUUCCUGAGGCAGCAGUGGGGAAAGCAGAAACAGAAACACCUACCAACUAAAAAAUACGACCUAUUUCUGCUACCCCUUUUAUGUACCUUCCAAGACAAGUGAUCUGACUUCCCCGCUAAGAACAGCCCACUCCAGUGACUGUUAAUGAGAGACAUCUUCUAAAAUGUAUGCAGAUAGCUUCUGAAAUUCACUGGAAAUAAAUUAAUUACAAGGCCAUUUUAAUAGACUAAAUUUAUUUAAUGGAUUGUGUCACUUGUAAUAGCCAGUGAAUUCUUAGUUUUCAAGGGAAGCAUUUAUUAUGAUUUGCUGUGGGAAAGGGCUGGCAAAGUACUUGCCACCAUUGAAAAAGAAUAUUGUUUUAUCUUUAAUAUAUUUACGUAUAGCAAUGCAAUUACGAAAUGACAAAACAAUUGUAGAUAAAAUGUAUUUUUUAGAGCAACCUCUAAUAAAUUAUGUUUCUUAAAAGACUUUAAAGCAAAAAAAAAUUGAAGGAUAGCAUAACUGCUUUUGUAACCAAAACCAGAUUCAUACUAGGCAAAACUCUGGUACUCCUGCAAUUACUGGAACCAGAACUUAGCCUCUGUUACAUUAAGCAAUGCCAGUAUUAUAAGCUGUGUGGAGUACAGCAGUUAUAGACGCAGCAUUCAUCAAUUAAAGUAGGUAAGGUUCUGUAUAUAAUGUUGAUAAGCAUCUUGUUUAUCCAGUGGAGGUCAUACAGAUCUUAAAUCUUAUCUCUGUAUGUAUGUACUGAUCUUUGAUCUUAAUGGGUAUUAAGUAAGACGUGUAACUAGUGGAGUUCCCCAGGGAUCAGUGCUGGGUCCCAUCCUGUUCAACAUCUUCAUCAACGACCUGUAUGAGGGGACAGAGUGUAUCCUCAGCAAGUUUGCUGAUUAUAUGAAACUGGGAGGAUUGGCUGAUUUACUGGAAGGCUCUGUGGCCAUUCAUCAGGAUUUGGACAGACUGGAAAGCUAGGCAAAGAGGAACCUAAUGAGGUUUAACAUGAGUAAGUGUAGAGUCCUGCACCUGGGGAAGAGUAACAAUAUGCACCAGUUCAGAUUAGGAGCUAUCUGCUAGAAGGCAGCUCUGUGGAGAAGGACCUUGGAGUUCUACAUGUUAUCCAUAGGGCAGCAGUGUUCCCUUUUAGCCAAUGGUAUCCUGGGGUGCAUUAAGAAUAGUGUCCAGAAGGUCAAGGGAGGCUCUCAUCCCCCUCUACUCUUCCCUAAUGAGACCCCCACCUGGAGUAUUGUCUAGUUCUGGGCUCUCCAGUUCAAGAGGGAUGGGGAUUUACUUGAGAGUCCAAUGGUGGGCUGUGAGGAUGAUUAAGGGACUGGAACACCUGUCUUAUGAGGAAAGGCUGAGAGACUUGGGACUGUUUAGAGAAGACUGAGAGGGGAUCUUACUAAUGUGUAUAAAUACCUGAAGGGUGAGUGUCAGGAAGGAGAGGCCAAUCUCUUUUCAUUUAUGCCCUGUGAUGGGAGAAGGGGCAACUGAUGCAAACUAGAGCGCAGAGAAGUUCCACCCCAACAUGUGGAAAAGCUUUUUUUACUGUGAGGGUGACAGAGCACUAGAACAGGCUGUGCAGAGAGGUUGUGGAGUCUCUUCUGGAGACCUUCAAAACCCAUCUGGAUGCAUUCCUGUGUGACGUGCCCUAGGUGUUCCUGCUGCAGCAGGGGGGUUGGACUUGGUGAUGUCCAGAGGUCCCUUCCAACGUUAUGAUUCUAUUUUUAAGUUAAGUCUUUUGCACCUUUAUUCCCAAAAGCACUUGAGAGUGACCUUACAGAGCACCACAGAGCAACUUCCCCUUCUGUUGGGUAAGGGCAUAAGCUUUUCAAAAUGCAUUCUUGGGUCUGAAAGCCAGAACUCAAAUGAUUAGUCAGUCUUGAAAAUGUGAUUAGAUUCACAGAGUCUGUGAGAAAUACUGCAGUUUUUUUCAAAUUCCUUUGGAAUAGGCCCAUAUACUUAGUUCCCAUUUAAGGCAACAGGAAUCUUGCAUACUGAAAAUUAAUAGGCUUGAAAUUGAAAAAUGUGGAAGUAAACUUCUGUAAGUUUACACAGGCUUUAUUUUGCCUAUUUCAGAAUACUGGGAGUAGAUACUGCUGGAAUACAUGUUCUUGUCUAUGAAAUUGAAUCGUUAUUUACUUGAAAAUUAUUUUUAAUAUAUUACCAUAUAGUAGUCUUUUUAAAAUGUCCUAUAUAUAUAAAAACUCCAUGUGGUACAAGUUAUAUAGCUUGGUUUUAAUAUUUUAUAUUACAAUCUAUUUUUUAUGAAGAGACAAAAAAAUUACCCGUAAAAGCUUAGUGUCACAAUUUUUUAAUGUACAUUACUAUGUCUAUCAUAAAGGUCUAAAAAACUGGGCAUUAUUAGCACUGUGGUUUUGUAGUCCAUUUUUACAGAACUGUGUCCUCUCUCUAGUAAGGGAAGUAACUUCUAGUCAGUUGUUCCUUAGUGUCCAAGGACUUUGGCCACAUGUACCUGGUAAGAAAAACUUCAAAAUGCCUUUUUAGAAAUUUCUCUAGUGCACUUCUGCUCUGUAUCUUGUAAAAAAAAAUUGCACAAAACAAAGAUUAAUUCAUGUUUUAAAGGGAACUGUUUCCUGAAGCCUGAAAAAACUGAGUAAAAGGAACUCUCAGAAUAUAGUAAUUGUGCUACUAGGUAAAACAGGCUUGUUCAGAUGAAUAUGAAAUUUUGAUACGCAAUUCAGAAAUCAUCAAGAGAAGAAUGUGUUUCAAAAGUAAUUAUGGGAAAUUAAGUCUUCAUGAUGUGCUGCAUCUUUAGGAAUAAUCUAAACUAUUUUGAGCUUUAGCCAAAAGGGGACUUUAUGAACAUUGGAAGAUGAUUUAUAACAUGAUUAUGAACUUUUAUCAUAAUACUUUAUAUGCAUUUUAUUGUAAAAAAUAUCAAACUAUAGGUCUUUAAUGGACUGGGGAAACUGCCAUACUAGUUUUACCAGUAAAAACUAAAAAAAAAGAGGAUUCAUUGUUGUUGUUUUUUUUUUUUAUUAAAAUGACUUGCAAAGGGCAUUUUAUAGCAUGGCCUAUGUUUCAAGUGAUUGUUUAAUGUAUCUUAAUUUUUAUUUAAUGUUUUAAACAUGGACAUUGCAUCUGUUUAAUGUCAUGUGCUGCAUGCUGUUGAUGCUACCAUGGCUGAAAUGCACUUGCCUCUACUCUUGAAGUUGUCCUUGUGAAACAAGAUGCCAUUUUGUGGCAGCUUUCUCUGUUGAAAUACAAAUAUUUGAGGUUUUGUAUGUAUUAAAUUUUGUUCGAGAUACCAUUGGUAGUGAAAAGUCAUUUAUGCAAAUUGUUUCUUAAAUGUAAUGGAUUGUUAAAUCCUGAAGAUAAAUGACUGCACUAAUAAUCGA